GGUUUUUCCUCCUCUGCAAAAUCUCUUCCUUUCUUUCACUGAACUUUGAAGAGUUUCACCAGCCAAAACUACAACAAGAAUGCUGACCCUGCAGGCCGCUCCGGAUCAGUUUGGGCCAGAGGUUAGACAGCCAGGCCUCCGAUGCUGGCGGGUGGAGAAGAUGAAGGCCAUGCCACUAGCUACUUCUGAAGUGGGAGCUUUCUUUAAUGGUGACUCCUACCUGGUACUGCAUAACCGGGGUGACCAGGGAGCGGACCUACACAUGUGGAUUGGUGAGAAGUCUUCUCGUGAUGAGCAGGUCGCUUGUGCGCUGCUUGCCACCCAGCUGGAUAACUUUCUGGGUGGAGAGCCAGUCCAGCACAGACAGGUGCAGGGCUACGAGUCACCAGAGUUCAUGAAUCUCUUUCCAAGAGGAAUUAGCUAUAAGGAAGGAGGAGUGGAGUCUGGCUUUAGAAAAAGUCAGUCUAGUUCUGGUCCAGUUCAAAGAUUGUAUCACAUUAAAGGGAAGAAGAAUAUCAGAGCCAAGGAGGUGGACCUGAGCUGGUCCAGCUUUAAUAAAGGAGAUUGCUUCAUUCUUGACCUUGGAGAGAAAAUCGUGUCUUGGGUCGGGUCUCAGGCCAACAUCUUUGAGAAGCAAAAGGUGCGAGAGAUUGCUACUCUUAUCAGAGACACAGACAGGCAUGGUAAAGCUGAAAUCACCCUUGUCAAUGAGGGAGAGGAGACUCCAGAAAUGCAAAAGGUUCUUGGUCCAGUGCCAGCACUUAAGGAGAGUACCCCAGAGGACGACAGCCAAGCAGAUGCAUCCAACACUGCCUCCCUCUACAAGGUUUCAGAUGCCACAGGCUCAAUGAAACUGACCAAAGUCUCAGAUAAAAACCCAUUUGCCAAGGACCUGCUUGUGCGUGAUGACUGCUUUAUCUUGGACAAUGGUGCAAACGGCAAGAUCUUUGUUUGGAAAGGCAGUGGUGCAAAUGCAGAAGAAAAAAAAGCAGCUCUGAAGGUUGCAGAUGAUUUUAUAGAGAAAAUGAAAUACCCCAGGAUGAAAACACAGGUGGAAAUCACACCUCAGGGCCGAGAGACUGUCAUCUUCAAGCAAUUCUUCCAAAAUUGGAAUUAAAACUUAAAACCCUUUGUUUUUUUAUCGCAGGGUACUGAAAAUUGCAGACAGAAAAAAGUCCUGCUAUUAUUACAUUAACAUGACCCACAGAGUAUUUUAGCAUUUCAUUAUUACAGGUUUACAAAGUUAUUGCUGUAGUUGGUAGUUAUUAUGGUAUGGUUAAGUUCUUCUAUAAAUGUAUUGCAUUACAAAUUUAGGGCUGUAAAUAUGAUGCAAUUAAUGCAAGUUGUUUUGGUUAGAAUCAAAUCAGACACCUUGAUAAACAUUUUUUUAUAUUUGGUUUUAUUAUUACACCACUGUAUUGCAUACAACUGAAACUGUACAGCAAUGUACAGCAACAAAUGAUACAAAAUUACUGCUUAAUUAUAAGAAUUUUUGAAAAUAUUUUUGUUGACAUAUCCUUAGUUUAGAAUUGUGGAAAAUCUCACAUUUCUCUUGUUAUUCCAACAUUUUGAUGUCACGAGCACUUCAUUAAUUUGAAUGUUCUAAAACUUUAGAAGACAGCAUUAAUAAGACAUUGUUUAAUCACUCUUGGCCCAAACCCACAAAGUUCCAUCAAACUGUAAUCCUAACCAAAUAUAACUGCCGCUGAUAAAAAUGACUUGUCAUAUACCAGUGUUCAUGCCAAUGUAAUAUUAAAGAAAAUAGUUUUUUACGCAAUUUGAUUGUUAAAAAUGAGUUUUCUGUGCUAUGUUUGCAGCAUUGCAAAUAAAAGGAUACAAAGAAAUAAAAUAAAAAACAUGAACUUG